AUGGAAGAAGCCGAUGAAAGUGUUGGUUAUGAUAUGGAAUUUGUUCCACCAUUGGAGUCCAAGUAUGAAUGCCCGAUUUGUUUGAUGGCAUUGCGUGAACCAACUCAAACACAGUGUGGACAUCGUUUCUGUCGCAGUUGCAUCUGUCAGUCAAUGAGAGAAACAGGUUCGAAAUGUCCAAUAGAUAACACACCACUGUCUUUCAGUUCGCUGUUUCCUGAUAAUUUUGCAAAGCGAGAGAUACUAGGUUUGAGGGUGAAAUGUCCCAAUCCUGGCUGCACGUUUGUGUUUGAACUGAGAAAUUUAGAGGAACACAAUCUGAAAUGUGAUUUUUAUCAAGAACAGUGUGGCUUGAACUGUGGUCUUCUGAUCCAUCGAAAAUCCAUGGAAAUUCAUCAGAAAAAUGAAUGUGCUAAAAGGCUGGUGUCAUGUGAAUAUUGCUUUAUAAGGAUAGCAUUUGACGAACAAGAGAAUCACUUGAAAGAAUGUCUCAAAUUUCCAGUAGUGUGUCAAUAUUGCCAGAUGCAGUUAACAAGAGAGGAAUUAGCAGGUCACAUCGAGAAAGACUGUUUUGAAGUUAUCGUUUCUUGCUCCUAUGCCAAUAUGGGCUGUAAAGAAAAGAUGACAAGACGAGAUAUGCUGAUGCAUGAAAAAAACUCUUUGGUGAUCCAUUUACAGUAUGUUGCAUCUACCCUGAAUGAAAUGAGGAUAAAGUCAAAACGACAAUUAGAGAAACCAGAAACAGAAACUUUUUACCAUUCUUGGCACACCGAUGGUUGUAAAACUGAUAAUGAAGAAGGAGUUACCUAUUCUACAUCAUUCAGUGAUCCCCCUAGUUUUACCAAUAAAGAGCCAUCAGGUGCAUAUGCCUUGGAACACAGUGCUUUUGACUUUGCAAUACCAGAUAGGGAACCGAUGAGGAAGUUUUUACCUAAAACAUUUAAUAGUAAUAGGUCUAGGCAGUUUUCACCAGCCACAAGUCAUAGAUCAGCACGUCACCAUGACGAUAUUCAAUCACAGUAUUCUACCCAGACCAUGUCACAUAUGGACUUAUCAAUACUGGCUGAGAGAAUGAGAUAUCAAGAGGGUCACAUCGCAACUCAAGAACAAAAAAUUUUGGAAUUACAGGCUAAACUUGAAAGCCGAGACAAAGAAGUGAAGGAACUGACACAAAAAAUAAGUCGUUGGGAAGCAAUUGUUAUGAGCAAUGGUAUUUAUUACUGGAAGUUUGAGAAUUACACAGAGCUGCAAACCAUCACAAGAAGUGGUGAAACCAGCGUUGUGCAUAGCCCUGGAUUUUAUACUGGUUACUAUGGCUACAAGCUAUGUUUACGUGUGAAUCUAAAUGGAAUCGAUUCAGCCCACAGUUCUCAUGUUUCAUUGUUUGUACACUUUAUGCAGGGGGAGUGGGACGAUUUCUUGGAUUGGCCAUUCUCUGGUAAAAUUACACUGACUAUUUUGGACCAGAACGAGGAUACAAGGGUUCGUAAUCACAUCAGUGAAACCCUGAUUGCAAAACCGGCAUUGGCCGCAUUUCAUAGACCGAAAACCAACCGCAACCACAAAGGAUUUGGGUACAUGGAAUUUGCUCCCUUGAGAACGAUUCACGCUGGACACUACAUUAAAGAAAACUGUCUUCUUAUCAAGGCGGUUGUACAUUCAAAUUGA